AUGGCAGAGCCACACGAGAGUCUCGUCAAGCUCAUGGUUGUCGGCAACAGAGACGUCGGAAAGUCUUCUCUGAUGAGAAAAUUCUCUCCCUGUGGUUCCCACACCGAACUCCUGAAGCCUUAUGGGAUAGAAUACACCGCAAGAACCAUUCAACUAGACAAUGAACUGGUCAAGUUGCAAAUCUGGAACGCAGCUGUUCAGGAACGGUUUCAAAAGAUUCCGAAAACCUUUUAUCAAGGGGCCAAGGGGCUUCUAUUGGUGUAUGAUGUCACUAAUCAGUUGUCUUUCACCGAAAUCAGUAAAUGGCUUCGCAACAUCAAAGAAGAUCCUGACAAUAAUAUCAAGAAGAUACUGGUGGGGAACAAGGCUGAUAAGGAUGAGAGCGAAAGGGCUGUGAGCACUGCUAGAGGUCAAGCUCUUGCUAAAGAGUACGACAUUGAGUUCUUUGAAACGAGUGCGGAGACGAACAUGAAUGUGGAGGAGGUCUUCUUUUCAAUAGCCCGGGAUAUCAUGCUGGAAUCUAAAGCUUCCCGGGUCGCUCAUGAGCCUCAGACAUUUGGGAUUAGCCAGCUAAACAAAGGAGAAACUGCAUUGGGGAAUAAAUUGCAGAGAAGCCAGACUUUUGGUUAA